AUGGUAGCUGAACCUGUUCUGGCCGCAACAGACGCUUUACGCCUGGCCUACCAUUCCGUUUGUGGCAUCCUCAACUCCCUGCUGCAAAUGGUCAAUGAUUCGCUCCCUAGCCUGGAUCAGGUAUUCAACCUGAAGAUCUUCUCCAUACUCAAAUCUGAGGACCAUCCGCCUCCACAGCCACAAGAAAAGACAUUGGAUCGUCUCUCCAAAUUGAUCCAGGACCACAAGCUUGCAUUCAUAUCGUGUUUUGCCACUUCAUUGACGGUAUCAACCUACCUUUUAUACAACCAUAUCAAUACCCCCAAGCUGAAGAAUAAGCUUCGUCGAAGAGUGCCCAAGCUCGCCAAUGGCGCCCGCAGAGAUGUUGUUUUGGUAGUCGGGUCUCCCACUGAACCAAUGACCCGGUUGAUCGCUGUCGAUUUCGAGAAGCGUGGAUUCAUUGUCUACUUGACCAUUCUUGAUGACAAGGACUAUAAGUACAUCCAGUCAAACCAAAUCACUGACGACAUCAACUAUUUGAAUUUGGUUGAGGAUACUUACGAUGCUCAUCUUGCGAAAUUUCGCAAGAUUCUACAUGUGAGUGUGGUUCCCUUCCCAGGCGCCGAUGCUCACUACCUUCGGCUUUCUGCGGUGGUGUUUGCGCCCACGCUAUACUUCCCCCUUGGCCCUCUUGAGAACAUGUCUGAGCCUGGAUGGCAGAAACUGCUCUUUCGAUUGAACGUAACCACGAAGCUUCUCUGUUCGGGUCUUUUGGAUAUUGUACGUGAGCAGGAAAGCAGUAUUGUGGCCAUAGUGCCCAGCAUCGUGAGCUCGCUUCGAAUGCCCUACCACGGGCCUGAGUCGGUCUUGCAAAAUAGCAUGAAGGAUAUUUUUACUACACUAGCGAAGGAGUUGAGACCCCAGAAUAUAAACGUUACGCAAGUGCGUCUCGGAAACUUGAACCUUGCCACUUCGAAAACAGGCGCUGCAAUUGGUUCAGAUAGUGUGCCCACGAUUGUCGAAGCAGAGAUUCGACUGUGGAGCGAGGAAAUGCGUAGUGCCUAUGGAUCUGACUUUCUGAAGUCUCAGGCGCAUCUGAGGCCAAUGGGCAGUUCUUUCAAAAGCAAAGGCUUACGCGAGUUGUACCAUGUACUUUUUGACUUAAUCUUUUAUGAGGGCCGCUCUCCAUCUGUCGUUUACUGUGGCACCGGGGCCCGCGCAUACGACAGGUUAGUAUCGUUCUUGCCCAAUUCCAUGAGCGAAUUAAUCUUUUGA